GGAAAAUUUAGAUGUUAUUUUACAUCACUGAUAACAGAUUCGAGUAGAGUUAGCCUAUUCCAAUCUCUGUUAAAAGCACAAGUAAAUGCUUUUAGGAAUUGAUGCUUUUUUGUUACACAACCUUUGUUUGCUCCAUUAUUUGUAACAUUCGCGAUGUCAAGUAAAGGGAUUUUUUAGAUCAACCCACUUCCUAUAGAAAUGUGUACCCCUUAAUCCACAUUUCUUGACUUCUUCACGGUGUGCCAAAAUGCCUCUUAGUACCGCCUUAAAUUGCUACACAGCUACACCACCUAAAACUAAAAAUAUCCUUAAAGAAUAAAGAUAUGUGUAUCAUUCCUCGUAUUGUCGUAUAUCUAUAACACAUAUUCACACCAUCUAUAAAUAAGUCUUAAAAUGUCGAAAUUUUUUAAGCACUUUAGUAUAAAAUAAAAAAAAACCAACUUGAUCGUGACAGUCGCCAACUCGCCAUGAUACCAAAUCCAUCAAAUAUAUUUCACAACUAAAUUCAAAUAAGAACAAAACCUAACCUUUCUUUCCUCAGGCAAGUAAUGCAAAAAACACUGCUCAGAAGAGGAGUCAGGACACUUGACAAUAAUCACCUCCAAAAUCACCUCUUUCUUCUUUCUCUCUCCUCAAUUUCUAAAACUUCUCUCAAUUUCAUCCGUAGAAAUCAUUCUCAUGAUACUAGAAUUUCAUUUUCUGGGGAAACUGCAACAAUCAGAUGGGAUACCAAACCAGAUGGUCUUACAUUGGUGCAGAUGAUUCGAGGUUGUAUUAAUCAUGGUUGUGUUUUUCAUGGUAAACAGCUUCAUUGCUACUCUUUACGAUCUGGGUUCACUUCAGAUGUCUAUGUAAAUACUGCUUUGGUAAGUUUUUAUGCCAAAGUUGUGUGUUUAAAAGAUGCCCACAAACUGUUUGAUAAAAUGCCUGAGAAAAAUGUUGUCUCUUGGAAUGCUGUGAUUUCUGGGUAUGUACAUUCUGGAAAGUUGUGGAAUGCACUGAAACUGUUUCUUCAGCUCAAUCAGUCUGACAUUCGAGCUAAUGCAUACUCUUUUACUUCUGCAUUGGCUGCCUGUGGGCAGUUGACAUUGCCGCGGUUAGGCAUGUCCAUACACUCGAGGAUUGUCGUGGAUGGACUGGAGUCUAGUGUUGUUGUUGCAAACUGUUUGAUUGAUAUGUAUGGGAAGUGCAGUUCUGAAGAUUGCGCUAUCAGUGUGUUCGACAAGUUGAAAGAUAAGGAUGUGAUUUCAUGGAAUUCAGUUAUUGCUGCGUGUGUCAGAAAUAGAAGGCUUGAACUAGCUUCUGGCUACUUUAAUCAGAUGCCUUGCCCUAAUACUGUCACCUAUAAUGAAAUGAUUAAUGGAAUUUCGCAGUUUGGGGACAUAGAUGAGGCUAUUAAGAUAUUGAGGAGCAUGCCUAAACCAAAUUCCUCAUCAUGGAACGCGAUUAUAUCAGGGUAUGUGGUUAGGAGUAGAGUAGGGGAAGCUCUUGAUUUCUUUGCUCAAAUGCAUGCAGAAUCAGUCGUUACAGAUGAAUUCACAUAUUCGAGCAUUUUGAGUGGGAUUGCGUGUAUUUCAGCUCUAAGAUCUGGUACCAUAAUCCAUUGUUGUGCUAUCAAACAUGGUUUGAUUACUUCAAUGAUCAUCGGGAGUGCCCUGGUUGACAUGUACUCGAAAUGUGGACAGGUAAAAGAUGCAGAGAUGUUAUUUCAGUUCAUGCCAAGGAAAAACAUUGUUACUUGGAAUGCAUUAAUAGCUGGUCUUACACAUAAUGGGGAAUCACACAGGGUGGUCCAAUAUUUCGAGGAGUUGAAGGAUGCGAAGGGAUUGAAACCCGAUGAAAUCACCUUUGUGAAUGUUUUGGCAGCAUGUUCACAUAGCCAAAUGCCAUUGGAGAAAGCUUAUGAGUAUUUGACAUCUAUGUACUAUGAUUAUGGAAUCAAACCAAAUCCUGAGCAUUUAGCUUCUGUUAUCAGACUUAUGGGAUAUCAUGGGCAGCUAUGCAAAGCCGAGAAGUUGAUUUAUGAGCUAGGGUUUGGGUCAUGCCCAUCCGUUUGGAGGGCUUUGCUUGGUGCCUGUGGAGAUAACGGGGAUUUGGAUGUUGCCAAGGUUGCAGCUGCAAAGUUGAAGAGAUUAGAAGGCAAUGAGUUGGGCUAUGUAAUUCUAUCUAACAUAAACAAAGACCGAGGCAAUUGGGUGGAUGCAACUGCAGUUUGGGAUCAGAUGAGAGGUCAAGGGGUGAUGAAAGAAGCUGGGUUUAGUUGGGUUGAAGAGAGAAGAUUUACAUGACGCAUAAUGUUAUGAGAACUGGAACGAUUGUCAUGCGGACUUAAACAGAUGAAGGCUGAGAAAGGUGGGAUUCAUCUGAUUAAGUACGAAUCUUAGAUACUUUCGGAGCAUGUUUUGCUGUGACCGUAUUCUAGUGUUCUACAGAGGUGAAUCCUUGAUACAAUUGUGAAGCCAUGAAGGCCACAAUGUUCUUAUAAGUCAAGCAAAGCGACAGACUAUUGAGUAAGAAUCUAGAGGUUGAUAUGCAUAUAGUCAAACACAAAUAGGGAUUGAGUGAACCCUGAGCUUAAAGUACUAGCCAAAGUUGGUCAGAGGAGAAUCCUGGGCUUGAAAUACCAGCCGAAGCCGGUCAGAGGAGAAUAAUGAGUCGAAGUUUGCUGCUUGAAAGAUAAUUAACGAGUUACUUUUGAAAAUACAAGAAAUUGCAAUGGAAGGAACAACGAAAGUGACUGCACCAAUGUUCUUACAUUUUUUUACUCUCCCAAAAGCUAACACUAACUUGAUAUAAAGAGAGUAAAUUGAUAAAUUUUUGUGGUGAUGUUGCCUACCAUGUUCGACAAAUAAAUUUUUUUGUAGGACUGGAAAGUCAAAAGAAACAAAGCAUGUAAUUGAGAUUAUUAAGUACAGCAUUUGCGGCAAUAGUGAGUAUAAGACGGUGUUGCUACAGUUAAGCUCAGGGUAACAAUACAAAAACCACAUUAUUCCAUCAGUUAAACUUUCAAAAAUAAAUACCUUCACAUCCAAUAUUUGACCAGCAAAGAAAUUCAAUUGCUGAAAAGAGGAUUUGUACAGUUUACAAUAAAAAUUUUGGCAGCAAAAAGUUGUGUUUCCAAUCACAUGAAGACGGCUUCUUGAAUUAGCGAUGAACUGCUAAGUCACCUGGGUACGGACAGACCAAGCUCUA